AUGAGGGACAGAGCAUUUUCUGUCAGUCCUGUCUGGUCCUCUGAUUUUAUUCCGGGAAAGAAAAAGGAAAUGCUCCGUAUGUUUAAAGUCACAGCUUCCCAGCUCUCAGCACCUAGUAAUAGAUAUUCAAUUCCAAUAUUAGCGGAUAGCGAGAAUGAGAGGAGUGAGUGGGUGCGAGUGCUGAGCGAAUUGCACGAGAUACUGAGGAAACGUCAUUCCGGGGACCGCUCUGUCUACAUUCUGAAAGAGGCUUGUGAUAGCAGUCUACCCCUGAUCAAAACCACCCAGACAGCGACAAUCAUAGAUCACAAAAGAAUCGCUCUGGGAAAUGAAGAAGGGUUGUUCAUUGUGCACGUUACCAUAGAUGAAAUUAUCCGAGUUGGUGACAUGAAGCAUAUUCAUCAGAUUGAGCUCAUCCCUCAUGGCCAGAUGGUUGCAGUGAUCUCAGGGAGACGUCACCAUGUGCAACUGUUUCCUAUGUCAGCUUUGGAUGGACGAAAGACUGAUGUUCACAAGCUGGUAGAAACCAAAGGGUGCCAGACCAUGACUUCUGGAACAGUGUGCCAAGGAGCCCAUACAUGCCUCUGUGUAGCUCGGAAAAGCCAUGUCUUCUGUUAUGAGCUGUUUCAAAGCAAGAAAAUUUCUCACAGAAAAUUUAAAGAGCUCCAAACGCCAACCAAUGUCCAGUGGAUGGCCGUCUUCGGUGAACAGCUUUGUAUAGGAUUCCAGUCAGGAUUCCUGAGAUAUCCUUUGAAGAGAGAAGGAAUCCCAUACAGGAUGCUCCACUCACACGACCCUACACUGUCGUUUAUUGCACGUCAACCAGUGGAUGCUCUCUGUGCAAUUGAGAUCUCCAGUAUUGAAUAUCUGUUAUGUUUUAAGAGCAUUGGAAUUUACACUGACAGCAGGGGCCUCAGAUCCAGGCCAGCUGAACUGAUGUGGCCAGCAACUCCAACGUACUGCCGUUACAAUGCCCCAUAUCUCUCAGUGUACAGUGAAAAUGCAGUGGACAUCUUUGACGUGAACUCCACGGAAUGGAUCCAGACCGUCCCCCUCAAGAAGAUGGAGAUGAACUUGUAUUUCCCGAAUCAGAUGAUCGUCAGAAGCAAGCAAGUGUUCCCCCGCCUCGACAGCAAGCGGCGUUAUUCCUUCCGCGUUCCCAAGGGGAAAGGGCUGCCGCCGAAGGCGCUGUGA